UUGCAGCACAAUGCAACAAGAGAGAAUUCCUGUGCCGAAAUCGAUCCGACCUCAAGUGAAAUAGUUGUGAAUGAGGCGAACUUUGUAAAGAAAUGCAUCGGGACAGAAAGCUCUCAGGAUGGCCUCUGGGGGAAACUUGUGUGUACCAACUUCAAGGUUUCCUUCAUUCCCCAUAAUUCCUUGCCACUAAAGAGAUUCCAGUGCACCCACCGUCUCCUGGGCGAGCAUGAUGUCUCACUGGCUUGUGUGGAGCAGGUAGUAACAGUGAAUGAUGUAAAGGGGAAGCAGAAGAUUUUAGGAUCCAAUCAGAAGCUGAAAUUUAACCCUACAGAGCUUAUCCUUUACUGCAAAGACUUCCGCAUCAUCCGAUUCCGCUUUGAUGAAGCUGGACCCGAGAGUGCUAAAAAGGUUUGUCUGGCCAUCGCUCAUUACUCCCACCCUGCUGACCCUCAGCUACUCUUUGGCUUUGAAUACGUCGGAAAGCGAUACCAUGGAUCAACGGAUGAGACAGUGAAUGGUGUUGACCCUGGUGGGGGUUUGCAGACCCCCCUGUUCGACUGCUCCUCAGACUGGGACAGAGAAAUUAAGCGUACCGGUGCCUCUGAAUGGAGGGUGUGUACCAUAAAUCAAGGCUAUUUCAUCUCACCCAGUCUCCCAGAGUUCUUUGUGGUUCCGGUAUCUCUAGCAGAUCAGGAUCUGAAGCAAUACGCCUGCUGCUUUUACUCCCAGCGCAUCCCGUUAUGGUGUUGGAAUCACUCCAGUGGAAGCGCUCUGGUCCGUAUGUCUAACAUCAGUGACCCACUGCAGCAAAGGAAGGUGGAGCAGCGGAUUUCCAGUGCCAUCAUUAAGAGUCACCCCCUGCGCAGUGAUGUCUUCAAGUCGGAUUUGGACAAAAACCUCCCAAACAUCCAGGAUAUUCAGACUGCUCUUCUGAAACUGAGGCAGAUCUGUGUUAUAGAGCCCUUUGACGAGUCUGAAGAGAAGUGGCUGUCAUCUUUAGAUAGCUCAAGAUGGAUGGAGUAUGUCAGGACAUUUUUGAAGCAUGCAACAGACGUAGUCUAUAUGCUGGAAAGCAGACAUGUGUCUGUCAUACUCCUAGAGAAGGAGGACCGGGACCUGAGUUGUGUGAUAUCUUGUCUGGUGCAGCUGAUGUGUGAUCCUCACUGCAGGAGUCUGCAUGGCUUCCAGGGUCUGAUUCAGAAGGAGUGGGUGAUGGCUGGGCAUCGGUUCCUGGACCGCUGCAACCAUCUGAAGAAGAAUGACAAAGAGGAGUCUCCUGUGUUCCUGCUGUUCCUGGACUGUGUGUGGCAGCUGUGGAAUCAGUACCCAGCAGCAUUCGAGUUCACUGAGGUGUACCUCACAGUGCUGGGGGACAGUAUGUGGGUCCCUGUCUUCAGCACGUUCCUCUUCAACUGCCCCCGGCAAAGAGCAGAGCACAGCAGGGAUUUUGCGAGCAGUAAGAGUAUUCACCUGGGCCAGGACCAGGCUCUGCGCUUUCCAUCAGUGUGGGACUGGUCCCAACAAUUUAGUCUUAAAGACCAGACUCUUUUUAACAAUCCCCUGUACGUGGGCAAGAUCGCCACCUGUGUGCAAAACGGCACAGUGAAGACAUUCACACACAGGCGCAGCAAGAAAAACUACAGUUCCACAGUGCGGGGUCUACCCUCUGCUAUGCGGAAUGGAUCGCUUGGACCGAACGACACCCUGACACGCCGGAACUCCCUCAUGCUGCGUCUCCGGUCUGAUUUGUCUCAGGUGCGAGAGCAGCAGGAAACCCCAUCGGAGCGCUUCAUUCGGGACUGGUUCUCUCGUCCUGUUGACCUGCAGGGCCUGUUGCUGCCCCAGCUCCUCCCAUCUCACCUCUCUGUCUGGAAGCUCUACUUCCUCCGCUGGGUUCCCGAGGCACAGAUCCCACAAGGCGGACCCAUCACCGCCUUCCACAAGCUCUCAUUGCUCACAGAUGAGAUUGAAAUGCUCCAGAGCCAGUUGAGGCAGUACAAUGGAGCAGGCUGUACUCCCAACAACCCACACACAGAGCACAGCAAAAUGUAUUUUAAGGUGACUUCGACUCCUCACCAGUCCCUUGCUCCUCCAGAGUACCUCAGCUCCUCGUUCCCCUUUUCUCCUAUGGGUAACCUGUGCCGACCCGGCAUCCUGGGGACUCCUCUUAGCAAGUUCCUCAAUGGAGCCAAGAUAUGGCUCUCUACGGAGACACUGGCUAAUGAGACGAUUUGAAGGCACACUGCUGGGAUAGGACUGUGAGGUCAGGCAGACAUGAAGAUCUAAGGCUUGAAGAUCUUCUCACUUGUAUUUAACUCUCAUUUUGAAUGUGCUGGCUUGUGGUACCGACAGUCACCUGUCUGUUGAGAGUUGUCAGUCGGUGUGGGUUUUUUUUGCACAUGAUUUAAUAUAAAGCUCCAAUCGCACAUUUUUCUGACUUAGGAUUGUUUGGAUGUGUUCUACACUGCCGGUAUGGACUUUUCUUCUUGUGUUGAACUUAAAAUACUUUGUGUGGAGCUUGUGGCAUUAAUUGGGAAGGACGUGGAACUUGUAACACUUUAUAUUAAAGUUCAAUUUGUUAACAUUACUUAAUGCGCAUUAGGUAUCGUGAACUAACAAUACAUUUUUUAUAGUACAUAUCAAAGGUUUAUAUGAAUACAUACUACCAUUCAAACGUUUGGGCUUGCGUUU